GACCCGACCCGACACGAACCCCCAACGCCCCAUGUCCACGCGGCGUCGCAGUCUUAGCACAGCAUAGAUAGCCUUCUUCCUCGCACACGCACGCAGAGCGACUCUCUGCGGCCCGCCGCCAUGAUGAUGGUGCCUUCACACAUUCUCGAGAUCCCGCGGCCCAAGACAUUUCUGCAGAAAAUGUCGCUGCGCACCGGAGCCGAAAUCAUCACGUUCCUCCAAGUCAUCAACAAAGCGUCAGGCGUCUACGGUCUCCUUGCGCUGCUCACGGGCGCCAAGAUCGAUGGCUGGCAACUGUCCAUGUACCUCUACUCGACAAUAGCGCUUCUGGCCACGACAUACCUCUACAAGCACAUCCGCCUCCAGAGCCCCUUUGAAUCGGUGCUGCUUGCGCACCUGUAUGCCCUCGACUCGGUCAUCAACGCCCUGUACACGGCCUUUUUCGGCGUCGCAUGGUUCUACGCGCUUGCGGCGCACCCCGACGAGAACGCCGGUCUCUCACCGGGACUCAAGGAGAAUGCGGGCUUCACUAGUCCCCAGCACAACGUGUCAGAGGUUGACAUUAUUGCCGAGCCAACCCAAGGCCUCCAAGGCGGCCAGCACGCCAUCGCAGUCGGCCAGGGUAGCGAGGCUGGCGCAGGACUGGGCAAUGCCGUCUUCCAGAGCGGCAGCAUCAUGAGCAUCUCGCUCAUCUCUGGCUUCUGGGCCCUGCGCGUCUACUUUGUCUUCAUCAUGCUGGCUUUUGCGCGCCAGUGUCUUCGCCAGCACAUUGCCGCCAACGCCUCGUCGGCCGCGUGGUACAACUCCAACGAGAUGCAGACGUCUGCCAACGACCUGGCCGAGAACCCUUUUGCCGAAGGCAAGGACGAAGGCAAUGGCUGGAAGGGCCAGCUCGGUCGCGCCAUGCUUAGCGGAGCUCCCAAGUACUGGCUCGGGGCUGACGAGGGCGAGGACUGGAUGCGCGGCGUGGGUGGCAAGUUCAGGAAGCCCACGCAACUCGACCAGCCCGUUGGCUUCAACGAGCGCGAGAGGAGGCGGAGGUCGGGCACCGGUCCGCCAGUGCCGCAGCUAAAGCUGAACCCCGAGCUGCCCAGGUAGGCUGUGGUUCUUUACUUGGCAGGCGAGGCAACUUGGUGGGCGCGGCCAAGGCGAUGACUGACGACGGGACCGGAGUGGUAACGACAUGACCCCAGGGGUUUGUGCCUCGGGGAGAUGGAAAGCGCAUUUGUACUGUACAAAUACCUUAGCUACCUAUUUAAUAUUUUGGCAAAUGGCGGGCCGCGUGGUUCGCAGCCGGCGAGGAUCCACGG